GUUAGCUGACGUACCCCCCGACGUGAGUGUAUAACACUGUAUGUGUAGAGUAUGUGGACAAGGGUAAUUUACAAAAUUAUGCGCUUUGCUAUUGAUAAUUAAAUGUUUCGAAUUAACUUUAGUUUGCUGACUGUCCAUCUAAUUUUCUGCACUUCAUAAACUUACAGCAGAGCUAGUUGGUACGGUCUGAAUAGGGGUGAUAAAGAACAUUAUCAAUAACAGCAAGCAACAACCCGUCAUUAAAUGUACUGCUAUUUUUAAUUCUUGUUUUUUUUGUUACGUUAGAUACACAUCUAAGACCUCUAGCGAAUAUAAUCAAGUGUUGGAGUAGAGAAUCGUAAAUAACGGUCACAACCUCUGGAAUUAUAGUUUCUGGUUUGGACAGUACCGGAAGUGAGGUGUCCAUUCUUUGCUGAGCUGCAAGAUGAACACUUAGCUAUCUUGCUAUCUGAAAAGACAGCGACAGGCCAAUCGUGUAGUGGUUGGAGGCUAGGCGUUUAAAUAAGCAAAGACUGGAAUUAUAUAGAAGUAAAACGUUAACGGAGAUAUCACGUCUCCGUCCACACUCCACCGGUUGGAGGUCGGCCCGGACUGAACGUGGAACGCAUUCCGACAGCGACUGAAGUCGCAGCAGGACUAAAUGAUGGUGCGAGCAGCCCUAGUAACAGCCACUAGUCUGGCCCUGACUGGGGCAGUGGUUGCCCAUGCCUACUAUCUCAAGCACCAGUUCUACCCCACUGUGGUCUACCUCACCAAGAGUAGCCCCAGCAUGGCUGUGUUGUAUAUCCAGGCCUUUGUGCUGGUGUUCCUGCUGGGGAAGUUCAUGCGGAAGGUCUUCUUCGGGCAGCUGAGAGCUGCAGAGAUGGAGCACCUGAUCGAACGCUCCUGGUACGCUGUAACCGAGACCUGCUUGGCCUUCACCGUGUUCCGGGAUGACUUCUCCCCUCGAUUUGUGGCCCUUUUUACCCUGCUGCUCUUCCUCAAGUGCUUCCAUUGGCUGGCUGAAGACAGGGUGGACUUUAUGGAAAGGAGUCCUAACAUCUCCUGGAUAUUCCACUUCAGAGUGUUGUCUCUGAUGCUGUUGCUGGGAGUCCUAGACUUCCUCUUUGUCAACCACGCCUGUCACAGCAUCAUCACGCGUGGAGCCUCAGUCCAGCUGGUCUUCGGGUUUGAGUAUGCUAUCCUGAUGACCAUGGUCCUGACCACCUUCAUCAAGUACACCCUCCAUACCAUUGACCUGCAGAGUGAAAACCCCUGGGACAACAAGGCGGUCUAUAUGCUGUACACCGAGCUCUUCACUGGUUUCAUUAAAGUGCUGCUCUACAUGGCGUUCAUGACCAUUAUGAUCAAGGUGCACACCUUCCCCCUGUUUGCCAUCCGUCCCAUGUAUCUGGCCAUGAGGCAGUUCAAGAAAGCAGUCACUGAUGCUAUCAUGUCCCGGAGAGCCAUCAGAAACAUGAACACUCUCUACCCAGAUGCUACUCCUGAGGAUCUACAGGCCACUGAUAACGUGUGCAUCAUCUGCAGGGAAGAGAUGGUCACCGGUGCAAAGAAGCUGCCCUGCAACCACAUCUUCCACUCCAGCUGCCUCCGCUCCUGGUUCCAGAGACAGCAGACCUGUCCCACCUGUCGCAUGGAUGUCCUUCGUGCCUCACUGCCCAAUCAGAAUCCAGCCCCGCCUCCUGCUCAACCGCCAGCCCCGCCUCCACCUGUCAAUCCUCCAGUGCAGCCUGCUGGUAAUGUGCCCCCUGGAGUGAUGCCUCCAUUCCCCCCAGGUCUCUUUCCAUUCUGGGGCCCCUUCCCUGGGGCGCCACCACCUGCAGCUGCCCCUGGGGCCCAUGGAGGUGCUGCUGAGCCCCCCCAGCCCAGCACUGAAGGAGCCUCGGCAGCUGGCCCCAGUCAAACAGCCCAGCCUGGCACUGAGACUGUACCCCCACCACCAGGAGGUGCUAUGCCAGGAUUCCCCUUCUCCUUUCCCCCACCAUUUCCAUCAUCUCCCUGGCUGGCCAUGCCCCCUCCACCACCACCCUUUGUGUCUUCCAUGCCUCCGCCCCCAGCAGCGCUAUCCACCCUAUCAGAGGCGGAGCUGAGGGAGCUGGAGCAGGAGGGUAGGCGGGGCCUGGAGGCCAGGCUGCAGUGUCUCCACAACAUCCACACACUGCUCGACGCGGCCAUGCUGAACAUCCACCACUACCUCACCACUGUUGCCACACUCAGCCCUCCCCGUUCUGAGACUGUUAGCAGUGAGGCAGCUGAAGGGGGUCAGACCGAGUCGGCGCCCCCUACUGGCAGUACCGAGAACAGCACUGAAAGCAUCAACGGGGCAGCAGGCUUCACCCCGCCAGACUCUACCACAGAGAGGGAAAGCGAAGCGGCUGGAGAAGACGAGGGGAACGAGGAAGAUGAAGAGGGUGAAGAUGGGGCACCUAACACCGCAGAGCUGAGGAGACGCCGCCUUCGCAAACUGGACACUACUCCUCCCCCUGAUCACUGAUAUAUGGCUACUGAUCUUCACUGAUCCCUUCUGAAACACAGACUAACGGCUGACCCCAACGAAAAGACCUACAUUUGCACACACACACACGCACACAUACGCACACACAUAUGCACACACACACACACACACACACACACACGCUAAAGAACAGACAGGCACACUGGCAUCAGCUCUGAUUAUAACACAGCGCAGUAGCUCAAGCGGGACACUCCUAUUUGCAGUGACCGAGAGGAUCAAUUCGAGCUCUGCAGACUUUCUAACACUGUAGUUUCAAUCCUCUUCAAGCAAGGCCUUGCUUUAUAUAGGAACAAAUUGUGGAUCCCUGUUCAGAAUCAGUUCUGUCAUUUUGGAUUUUCUUUCUUUAAACUGAUAAACAUGCACUCUGCUAGGCUGUGUGUGCUCUCCUGUCCUGUUCUCCCCACACUGAAGAUUAAUGGUGAAGUGGUCAGCCAGGAUGCCUCAAGCGUGUGGCCCAUGACAGGGUUCUUGGUGGAGUGUUGGGAGUCUCGUGCUUCAGACUUCCUGAAGGUCUUCACGGUAAUGCAGCCCUCCCAGGCAAAAGAUUACUGUUGGGGUGCAUCUCUUUCCCUGUCAGGGCAGGCCCAAGUCAAAGGGUUGAACAUUUUACUUAACAUUUUCACAUUCUUGCUCGUUAAAUCUUUUUUUAAAAAAUUUUUUUUGUUAUUUUUUCCCCCCUGUUGCUUUGGCAGUCCAAGUUACACAAAUCCUUUAGCCUUUGUAAAUGGUUGGAUGAGACCGAGGGCUUUGUGGCUGGUUGUACUCUGAAUACUAAACUUGGAGCGGCAAGCUGGCCCGUUCCCUGGCCUAUUGCGUCUUUUUCUUUUUUUCUUUUUUUUUUUCCCACUCUCUCAAUGACUAUAGAGAUGUGAGCUUUAAGCUUUUCAGCUUGAACAGAAACAAAGGCGGGUUAAUUUAACUUGUACAUAAUGUAUAAAGAGUUUUAUUAGGAGAAUAUGUACAUACUGCUGAAUAAACCAUUCAAAUGAAGAA